UGUGGUGUAAUUGCAGAUGAGGGAAGAGAAGGUGAGAUAGAGAAGAAGAAGAAUGAUGAAGGAGAAGUGAAGGAAGGAGUAGCAUCAAUAGCUUUGUUGCCAAGCGGGUCUAUCUCUGGUCAUUUCAUUCAAAUGCCUAGCUCCAUCUGUUAUGGUCUCCAUGGCACUGAACUGGCUUGUGAGACUGAGUGCAGCCGCGGUGAGGAUUAUCGACUGAUCAAACUCGCUGUCAUAGACUACAAUAGUAAGAAGGAACAAACAAUUGUAGUGGAGUGCAAAGGCCACGAUGCUGCUCGUAUUAAUGAUGUUGAGCAUGCUCACGGGUAAGCUUUCCAGUAUCUGUUAUGCAAAUCA